GACGUGUUUUUUAGUUUUAGGAAAAGGUGGAAAGGUGUUUUAAUAAAACUUUAAUUGAAAUAUGUGCUACAUGCAAUAAAAAUAAAACUUGAAAUAUAACUGAUAGAAAGUUGAAAAUUAUUCUACGGGUAAAUUAAGUACUUGAUUUAAGAGUUAAAAUGCCUAAAAAUAAGAAGCAAGAAAGUUCGAGCAGCGACAGUGAUGAGGGUCCAGUUGAUAGAAAUCAACCAGCAGAGAAAAAAGCAAAAAUGGGUAGUAGAACUGAAGAUAAGGAACCAACUUGGGUGCUGCAGGGUAAAAAGUUAGUCAAGGUUCGAACAUUUAAAGGAAAAGUUUACGUAGAUGUAAGAGAAUUCUAUGAGAAAAAUGGGGAUUUGUUACCAGGCAAGAAGGGUAUUAGCUUAACACCGGAGCAAUGGAGGAAACUUCUGUCUUUGGGCGAUGAGAUUAAUGAAACCAUUAGUUCUCUUGGUUAAGUGUUUUUAUUGCUUUAAUAAAGAUUAUUGUUGUUUGGCAA